AUGUUCACGUUAAUUUGCUUGAAUACAUAUAAUCAAAGAGGUAUUUACACAGUAAAAUUAGGCUCCACUAACACAGCGAUUGAAAUCAAUCCAACAAUCAACGGAUCUUCUGUUUAUUUUUCUCAUUCUGAUAAGAGCACAUAUUCAGCCCCUACAUUAAGCUUCUCAUUUCUAGACAAAGGCUACAUGUACAAAACGAAUGGAUAUUCCAACAGUGCCUUUUUAUUCAAAUAUCCACACAUUAAAAUUUCUCUUGCUUCAAAUUAUGAUACUGUUAAAUUUAACAUUUACAUUUUAGAAGAAGGACUAUGCCAAUACUCAUAUUUAACAUACGGAAAUACAGAAUUUGAAGUAAAACCGUAUUCUUCAACAAAUGUUUGUGUUUUCACACAAAAUCUACCUGAUUCAGUUGAGUUAACAAGUUCGUACAGCUCAAUAACUUAUUAUGCCAUUGAAUCUAACUACGUUUUUGACUAUUCUAAGAAAAUUAAAAGUUUCAACGGCCCAACCGUACUUGUUUCCAAGUUUUCAUCCGGAUAUACUACAUGCAAAUACAGCAUCUACGAUUCUACUGAUAGAAGUAUUAGCGGAUCAUGUGGUUAUCAUCAAUUCCAAAUUUUGACCGAUUCAGGAUUCAUUUCCCAAGCAUAUUUCUCAGGAACUGUCUAUUCUACAUGCUACGGAAACUCCUCCUCAGGCAGUCGUUCUCGUAACACCUUUUUAAUCAUGUUCGCUUGUAUGUUCUCAUUUACUAUUUUUGUUUCUAUUUUUUGCUGCUACUUCGUAUACAGAAAGCGCGUGUCUCAUGUGCGUGACUCUAACUUAUCACAACAGCUACAGGAACCACUCAACUCCUCAUUCUACCAACAGCAACAAGGUCAAUUAAUUGAUUAUCCAGAUCCACAAAUGCAGUAUCUGCAAGGCAACAAAAACCAGUAUCAGCCUCAACAAGUCAUGAAUCCAUACCAAGGUGCUCAACAACCAUUUCCACCGAUGAAUAACUCUCCUUACGCUCCACCUCCUGUUUCAACACAGGACCAACUUGUUAACCCUUAUUCAAAUGUAAAUUCUGUUUAUUAA